CUCUAUCCGUGGGCCAUGAGUUUUGAUAUUUUGGGUCUAUUUACAUUUAUAGAAGCUUUUAUUUUCGUGAUUAUCUUAAUUGUUGGUUUAGUUUAUGCAUGGAGAAAAGGAGCAUUGGAAUGGUCUUAACUCCCAAAUUUCGGAAUAAUAAAAGGCGAGUAGAAAAUUAUCUAAAUCUAAAGCCGGCGAUAAAUCCUAUAGAAUCAUCUUUGCUUGAUCAAACAACUUCAAAUUCAGUGAUUUCCAGUACUCUAAACGAUCUGUCCAAUUGGGCGAGACUCUCUAGUCUAUGGCCGCUCCUUUAUGGUACUAGUUGUUGUUUUAUCGAAUUUGCUUCAUUAAUAGGUUCGCGAUUCGACUUUGAUCGUUACGGUUUGGUGCCAAGAUCCAGUCCUAGGCAAGCCGACUUACUUAUAACAGCCGGAACCGUGACCAUGAAAAUGGCUCCUUCUUUACUGAGAUUAUAUGAACAAAUGCCUGAACCAAAGUAUGUAAUUGCUAUGGGAGCCUGUACUAUUACAGGAGGAAUGUUUAGUACAGAUUCUUAUAGUACCGUUCGCGGAGUAGAUAAGUUAAUUCCUGUGGAUAUCUAUUUGUCGGGUUGCCCUCCUGUUCUAAAGUUCUAUCCGCUGCUUGAAUUUCAUUUACUUGAUAAUGAUCAACAUCUACAAAAAUCCCGUCGGAAUCAGAAAUUAUGGAUGCUCUAUUCACAAAGUUCUGUAAAUCUUCUUGCAAAAUACUAG